AUGUCUUUCAAACCCGCGGCCGCAGCAGCAGGCGUUCCUGCUCGUAGCCAAGCUUUGCAUACUUCAUCACCAACGCUCGGUUUUGAUGCAGGUCCGUUGGUGUGGAUUGAUCUUGAAAUGACAGGGCUAGACGCUCGAACGGAUGAUAUUAUGGAGAUUGCAGUAAUAAUAACGGACGGUAAUCUUACACCUGUUGAUGAUGGAAUUGAGUAUGUGGUCAAGGUCGACAGGGAGCGGCUUGACAGGAUGGAUGAGUGGUGCACCCGACAACAUGGUUCUACUGGGCUCACACAGGCAUGUUUGGCAUCGUCAAACACCCUCUCGUCCGUGGAAAGUAUGGUUCUUGAUUAUGUCCAAAAAUACAUUCCGGAGAGGAAAGUGGGUGUACUUGCAGGAAAUUCUGUGCAUGUUGAUCGGAUGUUCCUCUCGGAACGAAUGCCACGUCUACUUGAAUACCUUCAUUACCGGACUAGUAAAGAUGUUUCAAGUAUAAAGGAACUAUGCCGUCGGUGGUAUAAUGGUUCCGUCGCACCUCCAAUGGUGUCAGAAAACAAUGCUCAUAGAGCAUUGGAUGACAUCCGUGGGUCAAUCAAAGAGCUCCAAUGGUAUCGCGAACAUAUCUUUGUCAGCCCAGAGUCGUUCAAAUUUUCUGGUACUCCGCCGAGUUCUACUGAGAGCCACUGA